CCCGACUGUCAAGAUGGCGGCCCCCAGGAGCUGGGCUCUAUGGAGCUUCUGCGGCCGUGGGUGGUCGCGGGUGUUGCCGGGCUGCGGGCUUCCCGGGAUUCGUAGCUCCUGGCCCGGGGGCCCUCUGGGUGCACGGCCCUUGUCCCAAGAGAAGCGGGCAACCGAAACGCACUUCGGGUUUGAGACUGUGUCGGAAGAGGAGAAGGGGGGCAAAGUCUAUCAGGUGUUUGAAAGUGUGGCCAAGAAGUAUGAUGUGAUGAAUGAUAUGAUGAGUCUUGGUAUCCAUCGUGUUUGGAAGGAUUUGCUGCUAUGGAAGAUGCGCCCGUUUCCUGGGACCCAGCUGCUGGAUGUUGCUGGAGGCACAGGUGACAUUGCAUUCCGGUUCCUUAAUUAUGUUCAGGCGCAGCAUCAGAGAAAGCAGAAGAGGCAAUUAAGGGCCCAACAAAAUUUAUCCUGGGAAGAAAUUGCCAAAAAGUACCAGAAUGAAGAGGAUUCUCUGGGCGGUUCUCAUGUCAUGGUCUGUGACAUCAACAAGGAGAUGCUAAAUAUGGGAAAACAGAAAGCCCGUGCUCAAGGAUACAAAGCUGGACUUGCUUGGGUAUUGGGAGAUGCUGAAGAACUGCCCUUUGAUGAGGAGAAGUUUGAUGUUUACACCAUUGCCUUUGGGAUCCGGAACGUCACACACAUUGAUCGGGCGCUCCAGGAAGCCCAUCGGGUCCUGAAACCAGGAGGACGGUUUCUCUGUCUGGAGUUCAGCCAAGUAAACAAUCCCCUCAUAUCCAGGCUCUAUGAUGUAUAUAGUUUCCAGGUCAUUCCUGUCUUGGGAGAGGUCAUUGCAGGAGACUGGAAAUCCUAUCAAUACCUUGUGGAGAGUAUCCGACAGUUCCCAUCUCAGGAGCAGUUCAAGGAGAUGAUAGAAGAUGCAGGUUUUCAGAAGGUGACUUAUGAAAAUCUAACAUCAGGCAUUGUAGCCAUUCACUCUGGCUUCAAACUGUAACUCGUUUAAGAUCCUGGAGUGUGAACCAGUCAUAUCCUGUCAAAAGUCUGGAGCUGAAGGAUAAUCUGGUUAGUGAGACCAGCAGCAGAACAUCUCCUCUUAAGGCCAUGUGCCUUGGACUCAUGUUCUCAUGUGACCAAUCUCAAAGUGAAAGAAUCAAGUUCCUGUCACUUAAUUUCAGCUUUCCUUUGGGGGCUUGCUUCAGGCCUUCUCCCAGAGAUAUUUGGUCUGUACUUUUUGCUUAACUCCUACUAAUUUUUCUUGGCUGUGCAGUAUGUGGUUAAGGUAAAACCAGCACUAAAACUCAGUUUUGAAGUGUAUUUGUAGCUUCUCUGCCAGUGCUGCGUUCCAGAGGGAUAAUGAAUCAUUAGAACUCAGUGAUGACUUGAACCAGAAAACUUCCUAGCUGUACCCAAGUCCACUUUUCAGCCUAGGACUAAGUCUGGGGCCAAAAGCCAAGGCCCAAAUUAGAGGGCUAAAGAUCACAACUAGAAUUGUGCACUGAAACACUAAAUGAAUUUACAAUUUUUGUGGCUUUUGUCAUUUUUUUCUUGAGGGAGGUGAAACAAAUACACUUUCAUCAUC